UGACGACUUAUCGGCUUCUUAUCAGGAUCAUACUAUUCAGUACUGGUUUUCCGAGCACUUCAAACGUGAAAAUGUGUAAAAUAAAUUUGUAUAUUUUGGCUAUCGCCUUAACAGUGAGCCAUGGGGAAGAUAUACCACAAAGUGAAAUAGAAUUAGAAUGUGGCAAUCGCACAAUCCAUGGACCCAAGUUGCCGCUAGUGAAGAACGGAGAUACCUUGUACUACUAUGGAUUCAUGUUGCAGGCAUCUACCUCAAUGGCACAAGCGUACUGCCAUAGGCUGAAUAUGAAGCUAUUGAGUAUAGAAACAAAAGAAGAAGAGGACUUCCUUCGGAAGAGCGUAUUGAUUCACCUUGACGGUGAUACGGAUUUUAUCAUACGAACAUCGGGAAAGAGGCUCAUCGGACACCGGUGGACUUGGGAAGAAACUGGAAAGCAAAUUCAGUAUACCAACUGGGGUGAAUCGGAACCGAAUAAUUUGGGAGGGCAUGAGGACUGCCUCGUGUUACUCAAUAAGCGCAACGGUGUGAAUCCGAAAUGGCACUGGAACGACGAUAAUUGCCAUACACCCUAUUAUUUUAUUUGCGAGUAUUCGCUGGCAGAGAUUCAGCCUCGAACGUCGGAAGAUGAUAUAGUAUGGCCUCAAGCUAGAGUCGCUAAAUAAAUGCUUGUUAAUCAUAUAACUACAAUAUGUGCUUCUGCAUCACUUGAUAUAUGCUUGUUCUGUUUGCUUACUUAAUAAAAUAUAAAGUAC